GAGGACAACUGUUAUUGAAAGGCCUGCUCUGUUGUUUUCUCGAUCUAUUUUUCUAUUAGACUAGUUUUGAAUGCCUGCAUGUUUAACAGCAAGUGCAAGAGCUUGCACUAAUGGUAGCGCAUCUUUUCUUCUGGUUAUUGUUGCUCAUUGCACUUGUGAAAUUUCCUGCCGGUUACAGAACUCAGGAGUAUCUCUAAAGCAUAUUGGAAAAUCUUUUUGCUUCCAGCUCGCUUUGCAGCUGGGCUCUUGUGAAACUCAAGGUUCCUGAUGUCCUCUUUAUCCCUCAUGUUCUCCUUGUGAUUGUUAAUACUGUUAGAAGCCAUGAGUUUCUACCUGCAAGUUCUACAAGAUUGAACUACGAUCAUGGCAGCAGUCAGUAAUGAGUCCCACCAUCCUGUAGAUCCUGGAAGUUCAAAGCUGCAGUUUGCUCCCUUCAGUAGUGCCUUGAACGUAGGAUUCUGGCAUGAGCUAACCCAGAAGAAGCUCAAUGAGUACCGAUUAGAUGAGACUCCAAAAGUUAUCAAAGGAUAUUACUACAAUGGCGAUCCAUCAGGUUUCCCAGCUCGUUUGACGUUGGAAUUUAGUGCCUUUGAUAUGAAUGCUUCAAUACCAGCACGUUGCUGUCCUGCUUUUGGAACAUUGUAUAAUACCAACACUUUUGAGACUUUCAAGUCCUGUGAUAAGAAAUCACUUUUGGAAAAAGAAGCAAAUGAGAUAUGGGAAUCAAUAAAAUCUGGAGCUGCACUUGAAAACCCUAUGCUCUUGAACAGGUUCCUGCUAUUGACAUUCGCAGAUUUGAAAAAGUAUCACUUCUAUUACUGGUUUUGCUACCCUGCUCUCUGCUUCCCUGAUGGAAUACAUAUAAUUCAGAAACCAGUGUGUCUUGGUGACAGGUUCUCUUUAAAUCAGAUUCAAGCACUUCAGAAAGCAUAUGAUGAGCUUUGCCAGACGGAAGGGGUCACAGCCUUUCCUUAUUUUUUAAUCAAGUAUCAUGACAAUUCUGUGGUUGUAUCUCCACUCAAAAAGUGGGAUGGUUUCUUUCAAGACCAAGAGGGAAAGGUGACAGUUGGAGUUUAUGAUCCGUGUAAUUUAUCUCAGUAUCCAGGAUGGCCACUGCGAAAUUUCCUGAUCUUGGCAUCACAUAAAUGGGGCAAUAUUCUCCAAUCAAUUGAAGUGCUCUGCUUCAGAGACAGGACCAUGCAAGGGGUGAGAGACAUAACACACAGCAUUAUCUUUGAAAUAAAACUUCCACAAGGAGCAUUUGGCCCAGAUUGUCCAAAAGCUGUUGGAUGGGAGAAAAACCAGAAGGGAGGCAUGGGUCCAAGGAUGGUCAAUCUCAGUGAGUGUAUGGAUCCAAAAAGGUUAGCAGAAUCAUCAGUGGAUCUUAAUUUGAAAUUGAUGUGCUGGCGGUUGGUCCCUACUCUUGAUUUGGAAAAAAUUGUGUCUGCCAAAUGUCUGCUGCUAGGAGCUGGUACUCUGGGUUGUAGUGUUGCAAGGACUUUGAUGGGCUGGGGAGUCAGGAAGAUUACAUUUGUUGACAAUGCAAGGAUUUCAUACUCCAACCCAGUACGACAGCCACUGUAUGAAUUUGAAGACUGUCUUAGUGGUGGGAAGCCUAAGGCAAUUGCAGCAGCAGAGAGACUUCAGAAAAUCUUCCCAGGAGUGAAUUCAGAAGGCUAUAACAUGAGCAUCCCUAUGCCAGGCCAUCCAGUGAAUUUUUCAGAAGUAACGAUGGCACAAGCUCGGAAGGAUGUGGCUACACUUGAAGAGCUUAUCGAUGCUCACGAUGUUGUUUUCCUACUAAUGGACACUAGAGAGAGUCGAUGGCUUCCUGCUGUUAUUGCAGCCAGCAAGAGGAAGCUGGUCAUCAAUGCUGCCCUGGGGUUUGACACGUUUGUUGUUAUGAGACAUGGAUUAAAGAAACCCAAACAGCAGGAAUCCAGCAAUGCGUGUUUCAACAGUGCCCCUGGUCCUUCUGACCUUUUGGGUUCAUCGCUCUUUUCAAAUAUCCCUGGCUACAAACUGGGUUGCUAUUUCUGCAAUGAUGUCGUGGCACCAGGGGAUUCUACCAGGGAUCGGACAUUGGAUCAGCAGUGUACAGUCAGUCGUCCUGGAUUAGCCAUGAUAGCUGGAGCUCUUGCAGUGGAAUUAAUGGUUUCUGUUUUACAGCAUCCGGAAGGUGGUUAUGCUGUGGCCAGCAGUAGUGAUGAUAGAAUGAAUGAGCCACCUACUUCUCUUGGACUUGUUCCUCAUCAGAUCCGUGGCUUUUUAUCAAGAUUUGAUAAUGUUCUUCCAGUCAGUUUGGCAUUUGAUAAGUGCACAGCCUGUUCCCACAAAGUCCUUGACCAAUAUGAACGUGAAGGAUUUAAUUUCCUAGCUAAAGUUUUUAAUUCCUCGCAUUCCUUCUUAGAAGACUUGACAGGUCUAACUUUAUUACAUCAAGAGACACAGGCUGCUGAGAUCUGGGACAUGAGUGAUGAUGAAACAGUCUGAAAAUCAGCUGAAUAAGGUGGAAGAUGACCUACUUUGAUCUGCGUUGCUGCCUUUUAUCUGUUAUUCAACAAGUUAAUGAUUGCUUGCCCAUUCUAACUGGAACAAAUAUGAACAACUGUAAACCACAUACUGGCAUGAAUAUCUUCACCAUAAAAGCAGUCUGUCCUGGAUAUAACUCUCUGUAUUUUCAUUUUUAUUAUGUAAAUAACCAAAGUAAUGUGGUUAUGUUUAAAUCUUAUUCCUUUUUUUCCAUUUUCUUAAUAAGACAUAUAUAAAAUUUGCUGCUCAAGUAAACCUUGGUAUUUCAUUUGUUCCAUUUUUUAAUUUUGUUUGUCAGCAAACAUGUCUAAGCAGCAUGUCUAAAUGUUUUUUUUUCUUCAUCUUUCCAACAUUUGUGCACCUUUAAUUAGAGUUCAUUAUAAAGAUUGAGAAUAUUUUCCUGUUGGGAAUUAAACUGCAUCUUUCUUUAAAGGAGAGCAGGAGUAGGUAAAAACCUACACAUGCAGUGUAUAUCACAUUGCUUGCUAUUUCACAGUAGAUAUUUAUAGUGCAAUUGAUUCCCUUUUCUUUAUUAUAGUAUGAUUGUUCUUACCUAUGUUAUUCUCUGUAAAGAUCUCAUAAUUUCAUUCUAUGGAAGAAAUGUGGUUUGACUUAUGUUUACACAGGAAAGACCAAAAUGGGUCUGUAUUGUACUUAUGCUCUGCUGAAGUUUAGAGAAUGUUCUAUGAUGUAGUAAAAAUUGCUUUGAGGAUGAAUCAUUGAUUCGUUAAGAACUUGUAGUUAAAUGUAUUACUAAAAUAAGAAAUUGAUUUUCUAACUGUGCCAUUCUUGGUUGCUGUCAUAUACUACUUUACCAGGUGUUAAAUGCCAAUUCUGAUUUCCAUUUUGGCUGGAAUUUAAGUAUUUCAAUUUCUGCAGUAUCAGGAAUGGCUUCAUCCAUAUGUGGCUGAUCACAGACAAUACUGUGAGAAUCUUUGCUGGGUUCUCAAGGAUAUGUAAAAAUGGAUUUGUAAAAUAUCAAAGUAACUUACUACAAAACUGAAAGCAAAUCUAUUGUUUUUUAUCUUGCAGUAGGAUUUAGAAGUAUAUUUGAAAUUCAUUUUAAGGCUUUAUAUUGUGGAAACUAACUUGCUCAUAAAAAAAAGGCAAAAUUGCUUAAUGUGGCAAACAGUCUUUAUUUCUAGUAUACAUAACGAAAAUUAGUUGACCAGCUAGUCAAUCCAAUUAAUUUAGUUUGGUUUAGUUCCUUCUUUAAAAUAAGUUCUGAAUAUCUGAUGCAGAUAAUUUCACGGCUUCCCUCUCAGGCCGCAUCAGAGGAUGUUCUGGCAGGUCAAAUUCACCUUAGAAGCAAGGAUGUCUGCAGCUCUUAUAUUCCCAUCGUAAAAGAAGACUCACUGAAACAUGUUGAGGUUCGCAUUAGUUAUUAUUUGUAUUUCUUUUUGAGAUCAUUAAAAUAGCUUUAAGCUUUAAUGUCCUUUUCAGCUAACUUCAUUGUAAUAAAUAUAUCUGAAUUAAAUAUAUUUUUUGAUAGGAAACUGAUCUUUUGGCGGUCGGGUAAUGAUAAAUAAGAUUGAUAACGUGAUAUACAUUUUUAAGCAGUUUAUUAACAUACAGAAUUACUUAAGAGCUGUAAUGAUUUGCAUUCUGUAGUUCUGGUGGAAUCUUGUAUCGGUACUGGGGUAGUUUAAAGGGAAAGAUCUGCAUUUUUAUCUUCUGGAAUUGCUGAGUAUAGGGUGUAAAAGUCUUCCGCAGUUUUUGUUUAUCUGAAACUUUAAAACUAGACAUCUUUCUAAAAAUCUGAUAAGUAUUAAUAGUUAUUUUAAAUAUCUAAAACUUUGAUUACCCUGUUAAAGCUACUUUCAAUUUAAAGAUGCAGUGUAUCUAUUUAAUUGCACCAGUAUGCAAGAUCUAAAGGUUUGGAACUCAGGGUUAAUAUGAUGUUUCUUUACCUCUCUAAUUUCAGUAUCAUACAGUUCUGAGGCUGAGCUACUUGCUGUACAUAUGCUUCCCAGAUGUCUCUGAUGUUCUGAAGCACUUCAGUGCGUCUUGGAAUAACUUCCGUUGUCUAACUUUAAUGUUGUUUUCUUCCUCCUUGUGGAACAAAAUAGUUCUUAUUUUGCUUUUAUUCAAUUUCUAGGCAUUAACUGAGUGAGAAGUCAUAAGAAUAAAUUGAAAUGAAAUGCUAUUAACAUUUCCAUUACUGUUCAAAUUCAAAUACCAUUAUCAGAUAAGCACAUUUAUUUACUGGCCUGUAGGUACUUAACUGAAGGUUUUUGGCACUGCCCUUUCAACUGCAGAUACUGGUGUUUAAUCGAAGUUAAACUUCGACCUUUCUUCAUGAAGGAGGUACGAGUUGUGUUUGUGCUGUGGUGACCUCCUAGGCAGUGACGAAGAGCCUAAAGUCAUCGUUUUCUUUUGGAACCCAACAGCUACCAUGGCCCCUCAGGAAUAAACCAUAUCUGUUGGGAAGAGGGCAUGAGCAGACUGAGGAACCUAGUCUUUGUUUCUAAGGUGUCUAACAGAAAUAUAGUGGCAUUAUAUGGCAGUGUUGGUGGGACAAUAUCUCAUAGAAGGCCUCUAUGACAUGUGCAUAUUACAUCUAGGAAGCCAUUUAAUCUCAAUGGAGAGCUGGUACCAUCACUUUUGUGUUUCAUCAUUAUAAAAACUCAUGGAAUAUUUCUUUACUGUAUUUCUCCUGUGCCAUCUCUUCAGUGUCUGCGCUGGCUGAAGCCUAGAAUUUGUUAUUGACUAACACCACGUUCAUGAAACAAAGGAACUUGGUUCUUUCUUUAAAUCUCUCACUUACUUUCACAGUCUGCUGUUAAAUCCUCUUUACCUAUGCUGUAGCCUGUCAAUCUGAAAUAAAUUUCACUUAGGGCAUGCCCUUUAUAUUAGAUGGAAACUGCUAGUAAAGUUUUAUCUAGUAGGUGGUUUGGCUGGUGUGAGAAUCUGCUCCAUGGAGCAUGGGAUAGUUUGAGUCUGAAGUCUUCAGUGUUGGGUUCUAAAAGGGUGAAAGGGCACAAAUGUGUAAAUGACACUUGGAUCCACGUAGAAAGAUUCAUGAUGACCCAGACCAUUUUGUAUAGAAAAUCACCAAGGAGUGGAGCCAUAGGACUUAUAUUUCUAGUAGGCUGAUGACUCCCAAAAACUAAAGGAGGAUUCUGCUUCAGUAGAGAUCAACAGCACAAAAUGUACUCUUGUACAUCAAGUGAAAUUCUAGUAAUUGCUCCAGCCCUUAUAGCCACUGAACUUCAUUCUGGAAAAAGUGUCCCUUCCUUGUGCUCUGUAUGGCUUUGGUAUUAUGUCCUUAGAGAACUCCAGUGAGAUGGACUGAAAUUUCAUUUUUGUCAUCUUUGAUACUAUUAUUCCACUGCCUGUAUAAUGUUCUUUUGUGUAAGAUUUGGCUACUUACCUUAAAUACAUGCAAUAGAAGUCAUAGCGAAGUUGAAGGACUUUAUACUGUUACAGUCUGACAGUAUGUAAAUUCUUAUCUAUGAAAACCCUACCUACCUCCUCCAUUUCAAUUCCAGAUCUCUUUCCCUUAAAGCUCCCUGGAUUUUCUCCAGAGCUCUAACAGUGUUUAAAAAUACUGUGGCACCAUAUAGGUAAUGCUAUGGGUUUGAAAUUAGUGUAGACAUUAGUUCUCUGUUAUCACUUCAGCUGUCAGUAUUUUAAAGUUUGUUUUCUUAUUUGUGCAGCACUUGACAGGAUUUGAAAUUAAGCAAACAAAGAAAACCACAAUUUAGUGACAAAGAAUGCUUUCAGUCUCAUUUUACUUUUAUUGACACCCUUUGGUCCAGUACUACUGACAGUGGUGACUUUUCAUGGUGAAAAGUUAUUGAGGAAUGGAGGGACAGCAGAACUUCCUGCUUUGGGAUAGCAUCACUACUGGGUUGACAUAAAGGGUUUAACAGUUCCUGCUUUUUUCUGAUUUUUUUUACUAAGUUGUCAUCUGUAAAAUAUAGAGAAAUUGAAUAUAUGUACUUGGCAAAGAAUAGCUAUGUUUUUUGUUCUCAGUUAUCCCAGAUCAAAAGAAAUAAUCUGCUGCUCCGACCCAUUGCUCUGUCCAAGUGUUGCUGGGGGUUAUUUGAAGUCGUGCAGUGUUAACCAAAAUGGGCUGUGGCUUGGGCUAAUUUGUAGCCACUUUACUCUUAAGCGCAGUAGCUGGAAUUCAGCAGUCUGUAUUCUUUCACCAGUCAGUGACUGGUAUUUUGUCCAGGUUGUAGUGAAUUCUUCUGAAUGAGUCACUUGAAAAUUAUAUUAACCUGGCCAAGGAAACUGACUCAGCAGAAGGGAAACCUAAGCUACUCCCAGAAGAAUUAAUAGCAAUACACUGAAGUAGCAGUGAUGCUGGGUACCUUAAGGUAUUUUCUAUCUUAGAGCAGCAAACUUUUCAUCUCGUUUCCCAAUGCAGGUGAUCUCAUUCCAGGAUAAGGAUAAAGAUGAGUACUCCAACCAUCUAUAAUUUCAAGUACUGAUUGUUUCCCCCCAGUAACUGACAAUGCAGUCUCUGCCAUUUGCAACUUUGGUGUAGCAUUUUUUCACAUCUCAUGGAAUUAUUUUGGGCAUUCUUUGACAAGAUUGUCAGAACUCCCAGCAGCUGUUUGUCUGAAUUCCUUGUAUUAACAGUGUGUUUUUGUCUGUUUAGUCAGGCCAGGCCUCACCUGCAGUUGUACCUUCUUGCAGGCACUUCCUUCAGCUUGGGAAUAAAAAGGGGCUGUCAGGAGUUCUAAAAAAGAUGUGUUGUUUCCUGGCUGGCAGGGAGUAUACACUGUGUUAGCAUUUGUUCUAGCAGUCUAAAUGCCUGUUCCAACUUGCUUUUUGAAUAGAUAUUUAUAUAGGAUGUUGCUAUGAAGUACAAUGGACUUUGCCUCUGUAACUGAAGAUCACAUGCAUAUAGUGUUUUACUGCUGCAAAUAAAAAGUAUGAUUUUUUAAAAAAUCAUUCUUUUUAACUUCCCUCCUUUCCCAUACAGUUACUUUCUGCUCUUAAAUUGUUUGGCAGUGGACUGCUGCUUCAACAGCCUUGGAGAAUCCAAUAAUUCAGGCUUGUUUGAUUUUCAGCGCCAGGACACUUGAUUUUUGUAUGAUCUCACCAGAAUAAUUCAUUUUUUUAUUUAUUAGUGAAAUGAUAAUAUCCACUACAUAAAAAACAAAUGGGAGGCAUUAUUCUUUCUCGCAGAGGAGGCCACUAAUGUUUUCCUGACUUGCUCUUUUGGUGCAGUGUCUGUACUCUCUUUAAAACCUUCAGUUUGGCAUCCCUGCUGAGAUGAGGCAGUGCUGAAGGAGCUUGGUGCAUUUGAAAUGAAAGCUGGCUUCUCAUUUCGGGAGUAAUUUUACUUUCUAAAUCAAACCAGUGUGAGCUAAAACUGUGUGGAGAAAUGCUACUAAAAUUACUUCCACAUCAUAUCAACAUGGACCUGGAAGAACCAGUGAAGGUUCCUAGUCUUGCUUGCCCACUCUGAGUGUCUUUGGACCUCUGUUUUUUGACAGCCAGUAAAUUGCUGUCUUCUUCUCCAUCCCCCCAGCCCCCCUAUCAAUAUCUCCUCCCCAGCCCAGUCUUCCUCUCACAGGUAGCAGAGGGGUGUGGAUGGACAAGCAAAUUAAUUUCUAGUGACAGAUUUCUUUCAAAUUUGUGCAGGAGUGACAGGAAAUCUGUAAAGCAGUUGUGAUUUUGCUUGAGGGUUUUGCUUUGUCUUUAAAUGUCUCUGUUUUCAUUUCAUGCUUGAAAGUCUGACUUUCAUACAGUAUUUCUGUAGGUGUUACCACUUCCUCAGGAACCUGUGACUCAGGCAGUGUAUAAAUGAAAUGACAUCACUGGCAACUUUUGUUUGAAUUGCCUAUUUCCUAAAUAGGUACUGCUGUUUUUUUUUCUUUUAAUACUUGCAUCAUUGUUUUCUGUUUUUUUUUUUUUUUUUUUUUGAAGGAGGAAGGGGAAAUGAGGGUUUUUGAUUAUCUAGAGCUAUUACAAGGAACCAACUGAAUGUGUUUUAUCCUUUUGAAUCAUUGAAAUCAACAGUGCUGAAGUUUACCUAAAACAGGAGACUAGCAUUUCUACACAAAGAAUUUUAUGAAUGAAAUCAUUGUAAUUAUGUGUUAGCAGAGCUUCUGUUGGUAUAAAGCAUUCUUAAUUUACUGCUGAUGUGUUGAGAGAGGGAGGGGGGGGAAACAGGAAAAGCCUGAGCAUAAUUUUCCAUUAUUAUUUUGGAAGUAAUGCAAACAAAAGAACUCUGUUUUCAUACUACUGGUUAAGCUUCAGUUUUAAGUGGACCUCCCUCUCUGCUCUCUCACUAGUAUGUAUACUGCCGGAGAUUCUUGGUAUGUUUCCGUGUUUCCUCCCCUGUAACUUAUAUUUUUCAAUGAUAUCACUCUAUAAAUAUGUAGUUAAAAUGGGAAGACCUGGAGUAAAAUUUACUUCUUAGCAGAGUGUCUCCAAAGCAGGCAGGAGUACUGGUUAUAGCAGGCAUGGUACAGGGAGACCUCCAGCAGCUGUGUUUCUUCUUUGGACAAAACUCCCCAUGACGUCACUUCAGGAGUUGGCUGUUAAACCGUGAAGAGUAAUGUCAGGAAUUGCUGUCAUCAGAGGAAUGUGAAAAGUUGAAUGUCUGUCUAGAUCAUUUAUUCAUAGUGCUGUGGGACAGGCUAUAAGAGUGUUGCAUUUAUUAUUAUUGUCAUGCGCAAAGGAUCACUGUCCUUUUGUUUAAAUAGCAACAGCUUUGGGACUUCAUAGGCAUGAGUACAGCAGAACAUUAAGAGAGUACAGCAGAGUGCUUUUGGCUAUGCUAUGAUUUUACCAGUUCUUACCAAGGAGACAGUCACUUUGUGGAUGCACUUUAAGUGAAUACUGAAACAAAGUCCAUGUAUUCAGGGAGGUGGACUUAGUGACUACCAUAGGUUAUGGUCUUUCUUCUGAUGAUGUGAGUUCAUGUCAAACUUUGGCACAAUUAAGAACCACAUCAUUAAAGUUAUUCCACUAAAGGAAAACAUUAAACCAAAGUCUUUGGGAAAAAAAAAAAAGGCUAUGUAUGUCUUCUUAGGGUUUUGUUUUGUUUUUAAUAAUAUAGAUGGCCUGGUAAUUUCUUGGGGGUUUUUUGUAAGCUUUUUUUUUUCUUUACUUAAUAUUUCAGCCAUCCUUCCCAAAGUUUCUGUUCAGUUUUAUUUUCUAAAUGACCCUCCUGCAGGAGUGCUGUAUGCUGUUAAUGAAAAACUCCUACUGAAAUUCCACCCAGUAGCUAUUGGAGCAGUAGUUACAUGUUAUUAUUGGUACUAAGUCCAGAAUGUUUUGAGAUGAUAGAUGGUAUAAAUGUAACAGCAUUACAAUUAUUUGGCCACACAGACAAAAAAAAAACAAACAUUUUUUCCCCACUUUUAUUAAAAUAUUUACUGCUGUGUGUCUCUUGCAUGCCAAAUUAGAUAGACAGUAGUUGUGUUUUUAUCUGCUGUAGUAGUUAGGAAUGAGUGAGCUGUGCAUAUCCUGCCUCAUGAACCAUGCAGAGCAGCAGCUGAUGUAUGGAACAUACUUGGACCAUUCUCACCAACUGCUUAAUGCUUUUGAUAGACUAGUCCUCUCAAAAAUCCCAUUUUUGGGAGAAAGACAUUUAAUUUUUUUGCUAACUUCUUCAAUAGGGGUUUAGCAGUCAAACAUUGCAAGCUUAGGAUAGACUUCUUUCUAACUGCUUGCUCAGAUUUAAAGAGGAGGAAGAGUGAACAAGUCAAGUGGUGUGUGUACAGCGUUUCUCUGUUGCUGGAGAUACUCGAGUUUCAUUUCCAACAAUGGUAUGUAGUAGGUAAUUCAGCUUCCUGCUGUUAAUAUUUGGAAAUGUCAUUAAGAGAUUCUGAUAAUGUCAAGAUGAUCAAUGCUUGAAAAUCAACAAGGGACAGUGAAUAAUAACAUACCUUUUGAUCUGAGAUCCUGAAAAAGAAUGUGAUUUAAAGGUCUGUGUCACUGAUUGUAUACAUGAGUAUCAGGAGGAGGCUGUUGGGUUUUUUUUGGCCAUAAGGGCAUAAGUGGCAUGUUGUUUCAGAAUAUGACCAAACUAUUGUUUUUAAAUUAUUUUGUUGCUAUAAUUGUUAGUGUUUGUGGCUUCAUGCAUUUUUGAAACCAAAAUGUUCUGUUCCAGCUUUCACAGUAUGAAGUGAGUUUUAAAAGCACUUAUUAUUUAAAGAAACCUUGUCCUCUUCGUAACUGUCAGAAACAUGGGAAGAAGGAUUGAGACAAGGACACAUACACAGUGGCCACCAUUUAGUUUUGGCUCCCAUCUGAAGGGAGCUGCCAUUUAAUGAGAGGGCACUGCCAAUAUUUUGGCAGGGAUCUACCAGCUUGCCAAAUAUCAAAUUGCUCUGGGAUUGUCUGUUGGACAUUUCUUGACACUGUCACACCUCUGGGUAUGACAGUGCCCUUUGUAGGACACGUUUAGGACAACAAAGAUGGUGAAGGACCUAGGGUGAGAUGUUUGAGGAGAGGCUAAAGUCUCCUGGUUUGUUCAGCCGCAAGAGACUGAGGGGAGGCCUCAUGAUGGCCUACAGCUUCCUCACGAGGGGAGUGCAGGGGCAGGUGUUGAUCUCUUCUCUCUGGUGACAGUGAAUAGGACCUGAGAGAAUGGCAUGGAGCUGUGACAGGGGAGGGUCAGACUGGAUGUUAUGGAGAAUUUCUUCACUAGAGGGUAAUUGGGCAUGGAACAGGCUCCCCAGGUCACGGCCCCAAGCUGCCAGAGUUCAAGGAGUGUUUGGACAGCACACUCAGACAUAGGAAUUUAUUUUUGAGUGGUCCUGUGUGGAGCUGGGAGUUGGACUUAAUGAUCCUUGUAAAUCCCUUCCAACUCAACGAACUUUCCCUCCUGUCCAUUGUCUAAGCUUGUUUUGGUAGAGUCUCUUCUGUUGAGUAAGUACCCCAACACUGAUUGAGUCAACCGGGCAAUAGAACAGCAGGUGUAUAACAGACCAUACAAGUAUAUCUCAUCUCUAACAUAGUCUACUAAUACCUUUUAAUUUAAUCAGUUUUGUUGUGGAGUUAGUGAAGUUCAUUUGUCUCCAUAUUUGGAUGCUCGAAGCCAGACUUCGGUGAUGUCUUAAACUGGGUUGCAGAAUUCUGAAGGGAGUCUGAUUUCACAUGUAAAGACAAUCUUGCACUAUUAAGCAUGUACUUUAAAAUUUUUAUGUGUGUAAAUGAGAAAUAAAUAAAUCUGUUGUUAACUUUUAAA